GUGAGAGAGAGAGAGAGAGGCGGCCGGUGUGUGUGCUGCCCUGUCCUUUAUUACCUACUGUUCUAUCAGCGUGUUUCUAAUGUAACGACAUGGAUUUAAAAGAUUCGGGAAGCGUCGUUUUAACCGCCUACCAUUCAUUCACUGCCUCCAGGAUUCAUCUGGCGGACGAGAGCUAUGAGCCGCUCACCGCCACCACACACUCUCCCGUUAGCAGGAAAGCGCCGUAUCGGGGCUUAGCGAGGAUGAGUUCGGCAGAGGCGAUGCCUCCGUCCCCUCCGGAGCGCUCCGUGUCGCGAGACUCGCAGGACUCCAUGGAUGACUACUGGAGCGAGAUGAGGAACAUCGAGGAGGACUGCCAAGGAGGCCAAGAGGAGAUGAUCGAGAGGGGGAGUAUGGACGAAGCAGAGCUGGAGGAAGCGUGGCUGCACGAAGCUGGUCUGUCCACGCUGGUGUCUGGAGCUCCGACUGACAGCCCUACCGAAGCUCUCCUCUCAACACUUACUCGCUCUCAGGCUGCCAUGGUGAAGAAGCGCCUGGACAACUACACACAGACUCUUCGCAAAAGGAACAAGCAGCCCAUACGACACGUCCGAGACGUUUUCUCCACUCCCGACACAUCGCCUGCUGAACAUGCCCCUGCCAUGUCCACAAAUGGCCAGAUUCCACCAAAACUGCCCUACUGGACACCACCAAAAGCCCGUCACUCUUGUCCAACCUUCAACCCUGUGGAGAGCAGUGUAUCAGAGUGUCAGCUGGAGCCAGAUAUCUUGUCCUUUGAGGUGCCGUACUCGGAGGGCGUGACGGCUCACCGGAAGGGUCGCGACUGCCGUGACUGUCAGAAGAUCAGAAAAGGGGACAGAGAUUUACCGACAUUUCAGAUUGUGAAGCCCAAGCAGGGGUUGACCAGAGUAUACGACCUUUCCUCAGAUGACAUGAAGAAGAUCGGCUGUAUCUGUCUCAUAGAGCUGACCACCUUUUAUGACGCCCUGGGCAUCGAGCUGAAGAGGAACCGAUUUGUCCGGGGCAGAGUACGGGAAACUGGCAUUUUUGGAGUUCCUCUGAACACGCUGUUGGAAAACGACCAAAAGAAAUUUCCUGGUUCCAAAAUCCCCCUUGUUUUUAAAAAGCUUUUGUCGAAGCUGGAACAGACUGGGCUACAGACUGAAGGAAUUCUUAGAGUGCCUGGCUCCGCCUCCAGAGUGAAGCACUUGCGGCAGGAGCUGGACACUAAGUUCUAUGAUGGCAGCUUUGACUGGGAGCAGGUGAGGCACAACGAUGCAGCUGGUCUGCUGAAGAUGUUCAUCAGAGAGCUGCCGCAUCCUCUCCUCACACUGCAGCACCUGCCUGCCUUCACUGCUGCACAGAAAAUCUCCUCGCCCAAACACCAGCUGCAGGCCCUCCACCUCCUCGUCCUGCUGUUGCCUGAAGUUAACAGAGACACUCUGAAGGCUUUGUUGGAGUUCCUUAGGAAGGUGGUGGCCUUUGAGGAGAAGAACCGUAUGAGCUUGUGGAACGUAUCCAUGAUCGUGGCACCGAACCUCUUCACUUGGCGGGGGAAGAGUUCCAGACAGGAGGAGAUGCAGGGAGCAGCAGGAGCAGCUCACCUGGUCCGCCUGCUGAUCGUGCACCAGGACCUGCUGUGGACGGUGCCCUGUUUCCUCAUCUCUCACGUGCGGAAGAUGAACGAGAUGGCCAUGAGCAAAAAGACCCCCAGCUCAGAGAAGACCAAGAGGAAGCUGCUGAGGAGACGCACCACAGAUAGAGAGAAGGAGAAGAGCGAGGUGACUGAUCUUCGGGAAGGUGUAAUCCGGGUGCAGGCACCUCUUCACGCCAAGGUGUCGAUGGCGAUUCAGCUGGACGGUGAGACGAGGGCACGGGACGUGAUCGCACGUUUUGAUUUUGAGGACGGGCAGGGCUCUCACACCACCAGCAGAAGACACAAGUGUUAUCUGUUUGAGGUCGGCGGCAACAUAGGGGAGCGCUGUCUGGAUCCGGACACUCUUUUACUGGAGGUGUACCGUGUGAAUCCUCACUGUGAAUGGCUCUUAAAGUCCAGAACAACCUGAGGAUGUUUAGGCUACAACUCGAGGUCAACUAAGGAUUCUACAGCAGCGACUUCUUUGUGGUCACUUCAGUGCGAGGCUCGUGGGAACAGGAGGAUGUACUUGGCCGUACCUCCUUCCACUUUAACACUUUAAACACACGCGUUCUCAACAACGGAGCCCAGGAAUUUACUGAGCUUUUAGAAGGAUUUUCGAGUGGAAAUCUGGAUUCCAGACAGGCGCUCUCGCCGAAAAGAGGGCUUUUCUUGUUUGUUUUUCCUUCAAGGCUUGCGUCACACAUGAUCAACACAACGCAAUGCUGGCCAUUGGGAUUGUUUUGAAGCCAAAAACGUGUGCUCUUAUCUGCAGAGGUCUUUUAAUGAUUCAGGGCUUCUGUGGAAGCAUGUUUUUCCCUUUGCCUACAAGGCAUCAAGUGUAAAAAAAGAAGCAUGUACAUAUAAUAUUUAUACAACUAAUUUAUCCUGCUGUCUUGUGAUUUUACCAUGUAAACCGUGACCGGUUUUGUAUUAUUUGCGUAUGCUGCAUGCUCACAGUAAAGCCAUCUGAAGUUAUGACAUAUAGGUACAGUAUAAGGACUGGUCUUAUAGUGAUUAUUAUCAUUAUUACUGUUAUUACUUCUUAGCUAAAGGCAAGUGAACAUUUUAAAGCCAAGUUAAAUGCGCUGAUUUGGAUGGAGCGGCUGUGUGUCACUGUGCUGCAUGAACUCAGUCUGCACACAUGCUGUUCUAAAGCACUACAUUAUAAACCUUGUUGCACAGUAACCUGUGGAGUGUGGAUUUACAGUCCGAGUGGAACUCUCUUGAGCGUUUGGCGACUAGAAGGAGAGAGAGAUUAGAAGUCUGCCAAACAGGCUCUUUAUCAUGUGAGGCGUUGGGUUUCCGUGCCGGAGAGUUUGGAUCACUGUGGCUUGGCUGGGCUUUGCCUGAAUGAACUAAUAAGGACUGGUUUUACGUUACCCUGUGGGCCGGGUAUCCAGUUAAACCUGGACCCGAGUUAAAAAAGGAAGUCUUAUGUAGAGUGUGGUCCAAAUCGGGCUCAGUCUGCGUCCGCAUCUCCACUGAUUGCCAACACUAUGAUCACUCUGUUGCUUUUGUAAUUAAGUAUUGUUCUUAAUGAGUUUUAAACACAUGAAGACCUAAUUAUUGCAACUUGUUCUUUUUUUGUACUUUGUCAAAAACAGUGUAAGAAACAAAAUACGUUGUGUUUUUUUGUAAACUGUUACAUGUAAUGUACUCUGAUGUUACAUUCAAAUGAUUUUUUUAUUUUCUUUUUUAUUAACAUUAUUAUGACCCUAAAAA